GAUUGAAAUGACGUGAAUUGACAUUCCGGAAGACAAACAACGAUCUGGGAUUUGAACAUUCUUACGUGUCACUACCGGAGUUCAAUCCACUGUGGAUGUCUCCCUAAAAAAAUCGUGGACUUCAGAACAAAAAAGUAAGAAGCGAGACGUGUGGCACAGUUCGCCGGCAGAGUGGUCGUUGAUGAACCCCGGUUGCCUCGGUAACGGCCGCUGAAGACAUCAGCGAGGAUGAAGGCUUUGAUCCUAGUGGGCGGCUACGGCACCCGCUUGCGGCCGCUCACUUUGAGCGUGCCCAAGCCGCUGGUGGAGUUCUGCAACAAGCCCAUCCUCAUGCACCAGGUGGAGGCCUUAGUCAAGGCCGGGGUGAAACACGUAGUCUUGGCGGUGAGCUACAUGUCUGAGCUGCUGGAGCGAGAAAUGAGGGCCCAGGAGCAGAGACUUAGAAUUCGUAUCUCGCUCUCACACGAGAAGGAGCCUCUUGGAACGGCCGGUCCUCUGGCCCUGGCCCGCAAGCUGCUGGACAUAGACAACGAGCCCUUCUUCGUGCUCAACUCGGACGUCAUCUGUGACUUUCCCUUCCAAGAUAUGCUGAAGUUCCACUGCGACCACAGCAAGGAGGGCACCAUUGUGGUGACUCGCGUGGAGGAACCGUCCAAGUACGGCGUGGUGGUGUUUGAGGCUGAAAGCGGCAAGAUCCAUCGCUUUGUGGAGAAGCCGCAGGUGUUUGUGUCCAACAAGAUCAACGCCGGCAUGUACAUAUUUAAUUCCAGCAUGCUCAGCAGAAUCCAGUUGAGACCGACAUCCAUAGAGAAAGAGAUUUUCCCCGUCAUGGCUGAAGAGGGACAGCUGUACGCCAUGGAGCUGCAGGGAUUCUGGAUGGACAUCGGCCAGCCAAAAGACUUCCUCACGGGAAUGUGCAUGUACCUGCAGUCGCUACGACAACACGCCCCCGAGAGACUGCGCACUGGGCCCGGUUUCCUUGGCAACGUUCUGGUGGACCCGACGGCUCAGAUCGGCGAGAACUGCACCAUCGGUCCCAACGUAACCAUCGGUGCCGGCGUGGUAGUGGAAGACGGAGUGCGGGUCAAGCGCUGCACGGUUUUAAAGGGGGCCCGAGUCCGCUCGCACUCCUGGCUGGAGAGCUGCAUCGUGGGCUGGAGCUCUUCCGUUGGCCAGUGGGUUCGCAUGGAGAACGUGACGGUUCUGGGUGAAGACGUGCUUGUCAAUGACGAGCUCUACCUGAACGGCGCCAACGUCCUGCCGCACAAGUCCAUCAGUGAGUCGGUUCCGGAACCGCGUAUCAUCAUGUAGCCCCCCCCCCCCCACCCCUCCCCAAAAAAACCCCAUCGGCUUCUUCUAUGAACUCCACUGAACUGCCAAACUGUACCACAGAGUCCAAAGUCAGCAGUAUCACCACCGAACAACCAGACUAACUUCCCCCGCCCCCUUUUUUUAUUACCUUCACUGAUUGGCUAAGGCCGAUGUCAUGUGACGGCGCUGGCAGGAAGGAACAGUAAGGACUGCACUUCAUCGCCAUGGACUGAAAAAAGUCCAGAUUGACAACUGAGGGGCAGCAGUGAAACUGGCACACUGGAACCUUACAAGUCUAACAUGGCGACCUUGCAUUUGUUCAGUUUGCCUUCAUGGAAAUGUCAAAAAUGUCCCCCGUGGGGUUAGAAACAUCAUAAAAUGGUGCGUUUGCUGGGUAACAUUUCAGCAUGCAAGAGUACCAAAGGAAGUUAACCAUUUACAGUAAAAUAAUCAAUUUAACUUUGAUGCCAAAAGAUGAAGUGUGCGGUGAUUCUGGAGACUUCCUUAGAGAUCCUGAUUCCCCCUUUGUCUUUUAAAAAAAAAAAAUUUUUAACCGCUCUGUCACAUGACUUCUUCCAUGUCUCUUUCUGUGUGUCUUUGACACAGCUUUGUUGUAACCAACUUGUGGUGUCUCUCGGUUCCUGCGGUGAUGAUGAAAAACACGACUUCCCGUCUUCUUGAAAUGCUUUUGAUGUGACUUCUCGCGUGUCUUCUUCAAUACUGCUUUGACGUCUUGCGUAUCUACUGCUUUAAUGUUUCGGUUGACUUCAUGUGCGCCUUCUCUACCGCUUUGAUAUCUCCAUGUAGAUCUUUUUUUUAACGAUUUAUUUACGACUCAACUUCCGGUGUCUACUGCGUAUCUAUACCACUUUGAUGGUUUCACGUGACUUACUUUCCAUAUUUCAUGUUUUUUGUCAUGUGACUUCCGACGUGUCUUCCUUCGUCUUUGCCGUUUGGAAGUCGGCUAACUUUAACUCCAGGCACUCAAACUAAGUCAGAGAACUGGACCCUCGGAUCUGAUUGUCUCGUUUACUGCUUUUAUGUCAUGUUUUCUUUAAAGUUGGUAUUGGAUUAAGUGUUGCCCAAAAAAAAAAAAGAAAAACGCAAGCGGUUAAUUUUUUGAUGCUCACUGAAUGAUGUGUAGUGUGGUAUUGAGAAUUCGAAUGCUUCUUUCAGGAGUGUGUUUUUGUCCCUUCAAACUUCAAAAUGGUUUAAUUAUUGUAGAUGUUGGAUUUCGGAGGGUUUCUUUGUAGUAGGGUUCUUCCAAAAAAAGAAACAAGUACCAAGUGAACUAACGCUAGUCGAAGGGUUAAGCAUGCUAAAUUUCUCAAUCGUCAGGUUAAAACCGGUCGAGUGCAGCGGCCAUGAAACAGGCUCCUCAAGAAGCUAUUUUAAAUGUGACCACAAGGCGGUGCUCGAGUUAAAGGAGGCCUUUUUCUGUUGACGGUAGCGAGUUUUCUUUGACACGUUUAUCAAAUAUGAUCAAGUUAACACUCGAUUUGAUUUGUGAGGUCUUUUUUUU